UAAAUGUGAUGUACCUUCCAAAUCAUCAUCGGUCGUCAUGGCUCCUGCUGAAUAUCAGACUACAUUCUCGAACUCACCCAACUACGCACUUCAAGUCGGCCAUAACGUUGGGAAUAUCGAGACCCACCAUCACUAUACCGCUGGUGAGUCGCUGUUUUAUUCGCCAUGGCAAGUCAUGACAAGACCUCAAAGGAAAGGAAAGACUAAUGGAAUCUACGACUAGACGAUCCUUUAACUCGCCUCGUAUACUCCAAAAACGCCCGAUUCAACUCUAAUUAUCGACAGCACGCGCAGAUCUGCCACGAGAAUACCCGAACUGACCUCCUGCGAGACAUAUAUAACUGGGUAGACGGGGAAGAUGAGCGACACAUUUUUUGGUUAAAAGGAUGGGCUGGUACAGGCAAAUCGACUAUCGCACAGACAGUAGCAAAGCAUUACUUUGACCAAAAUCGACUCGCAGCAAGCUUCUUCUUCUCACGAGGCGGAGGCGAUGCAAGCCAUGCAGGCCUUUUUGUCACGAGCAUCGCGGUUCAACUUGCAAAUGAUGUACCACUCCUUCGAGACGCAGUUUGUAUGGCGAUUACAAAAUGUAGCGACGUGACAACUCGAUCACUAUCUGAUCAAUGGCGUCGACUGGUUCUUCAGCCCUUCUCAAACCUCGAAGUGACGCACAAUCCAUCUUCAUACCUCGUCGUCAUUGAUGCACUAGAUGAAUGCAGUAGCGAAAAUGACAUCCAAACAAUCCUCCAGCUCUUAUCAGAAGCUCGACAGUUUACACCCUUGCGCUUACGUUUCUUGCUUACCAGUCGACCUGAUACAGUGAUUCGCCGGGGCUUUCAAGAGGUGCCGACGGUUGAACGUCAAGAAGUCAUUCUUCACCAAAUAGAACGUGCUCUAGUCAAUCACGACAUUGCUCUUUACUGCAACUAUGAGCUUGCUCUUAUUCGGCAAGAACAGUAUCUAGAGCCGGACUGGCCUAUCCCAGAGGAAAUUCAACGACUUGUUGAUAAGUCGAGCGGCCUCUUCAUCUGGGCUGCCACGGCAUGUCGAUACAUCCGCCAGGGACGAAAUAAUGCUGAAGAACGGUUAUCCAUGGUUCUAAAUACGCGGAUACAUGACUCCGGGCCAGAAAAAGAACUUGAUGCGAUUUACACAAUGGUUCUUAUGAACUCUGUCCCUGAGAAUUUCAGUAAUGAAGAGAAGGAAAAGUUAUAUGUGCGGUUGGGUCAUUUACUGGGUAGUGUUGUGAUUUUAUUCGCGCCGCUUUCCAUUCAUGCUUUACAUAUGCUAUUGGACAUCUCCGUCAACCAGAUCAAAAGAACGGUUAUUGAUCUCCAUUCAAUACUUCACGUUCCACUAGAAGAAAACAAUGAACUUCGAUUACAUCAUCCCUCGUUCCGAGACUACCUGGUCAACCCCACCAGAUGCGGCCUAGAAAAUCUCCAAGUCAGCGAGAAAGGUGCGCAUAGGAGGUUGUUGCUCGAUUGCUUGCGUCUCAUGACAGCAACCUUGAAGGAGAAUAUAUGCGACCUAGAUUAUUCUAACCCUGGCAUCCUGCGAGCGGACGUGGAAGAGAGACAUGUCCAACAAUCUAUUCAUCCUGCGCUUCGUUAUGCAUGUCUCUACUGGGUGCAACAUCUCCAAAGAAGCGGUGAAAUGAUAUAUGAUAAGGAUCAAGUCGAUGAUUUUAUGAGACAACAUCUCCUAGCUUGGCUAGAAGCCCUGAGCUGGAUGGGAAGAGCUGCAGAAAGUAUACAAGCGGCGACUUGCCUACAGUCUAUUGCAUCAACCAAUACCUGCCCCUUAUUCUGUCAAUAUAUCCAGGAUGCCAAACGCUUUAUAUCCUAUACUUAUCCUAUCGUGGAACAUGCACCCCUCCAAUUAUACCUCAGCGCAUUGAUAUUCACACCGGAGAGUAGCCAUGUCCGUAGUCAUUUUCAACAAAGAGUCUUCAGGUGGAUGAAGAAAUUGCCAGCUAUGGAGAAGAACUGGAGUUCUUUACUUCAGACACUUGAGGGCCAUACUUACUCAGUGAGGGCGAUCGCCUUCUCUCCAGAUGGGACCAUGCUGGCGUCAGCAUCCGAUGACGAUACAGUCCGGCUCUGGGAUACAGCUACAGGGAGUGCGCGCCAGACACUUGAGGGCCAUACUCGCUCAGUGAGGGCGAUCGCCUUCUCUCCAGAUGGGACAAUGCUGGCGUCAGCGUCCUAUGACCGUACAGUCCGGCUCUGGGAUACAGCUACAGGGAGUGCGCGCCAGACACUUGAGGGCCAUACUGACUGGGUGAGCGCGAUCACCUUCUCUCCAGAUGGGACGAUGCUGGCGUCAGCAUCCGAUGACCGUACAGUCCGGCUCUGGGAUACAGCUACAGGGAGUGCGCGCCAGACACUUAAGGGCCAUACAAGCUCAGUGCCUGCAAUCGUCUUCUCUCCAGAUGGGACCAUGGAUACGUGGCAGACACUAAAGGACUUUACUCGCCCAACAAAGCUGCUCGCCUUCUCUCCAGAUGGGACCAUGCUGGCAUCAACGUCUAAUUGCACAGUCCGGCUCUGGGAUACAUCCACAGAGAAUGCGCGCCAGACACUUAAGGGCCAUACAAUCUCAGUGACUGCAAUCGCCUUCUCUCCAGAUGGGAUAAUGCUGGCAUCGGCGUCUAAUAACUCUACAGUCCGGCUCUGGGAUACAGCCACAGGGAAUACGCGCCAGACACUUAAGGGCCAUACUCGCCCAAUAAAGCUGCUCGCCUUCUCUCCAGAUGGGACUAUGCUGGCGUCAGCGUCCGUUGACUGGACAGUCCGGCUCUGGGAUACAGCCACAGGGAAUCCGCGCCACACACUUAAGGGCCAUACUGACACGGUGAGCGCGAUCGCCUUCUCUCCAGAUGGGACUAUGCUGGCAUCAAUGUCCUAUGACGAUACAGUCCGGCUCUGGGAUACAGCCAUAGGGAAUACGCGCCAGACACUUAAGGGCCAUACAAGCUCAGUGACUGCAAUCGCCUUCUCUCCAGAUGGGACUAUACUGGCGUCAGCGUCCAAUGACUGUACAGUCCGGCUCUGGGAUACAGCCAAAGCGAAUGCGCACCGAGUCUUCCGGUGGUUGAAGAAAUUGCCAGUUAUGGAGAAGAACUGGAGUUCUUUAUUUCAGACACUUGAGGGCCCUAGUCUCUCAGUGAGGGCGCUCGUCUUCUCUCCAGAUGGGACCAUGCUGGCAUCAGCUUCCUAUGACGAUACAGUCCGGCUCUGGGAUACAGCCACAGGGAAUACGCGCCAGACACUUAAGGGCCAUACUGGCUCAGUGACCGCGAUCGCCUUCUCUCCAGAUGGUACCAUGCUGGCGUCAGCGUCCAGUGACUCUACAGUCCGGCUCUGGGAUACAGCUACAGGGAAUACGCGCCAGACACUUGAGGGCCAUACUCGCUCAGGGAGGGCGCUCGCCUUCUCUCCAGAUGGAGCCAUGCUUAUUACCGAUAGAGGUAGAAUACACGUCAACUCUAACGACUUAACUAGUCAUUCCCAACCACAACAUUUGGUUCCUGCUCCUGAGGUGGUAAUUGAAAACCCAUGGAUUGCCUGUAAGGGAUACAAUAUUCUCUGGCUUCCACCAGAAUACAGAUCUAAUGUGUCUGCUGUCUAUGCGACUAAGGUUGCCAUCGGGUGUUCUUCGGGCCAAGUUCUUCUCUUUGAACUAGAUAUUUUCUAAACUCUUCAGUGUGUUGUUUGACAUAGACUGGAAAAUGGAUGACUCAACGGCGGGACAGCCUACUCUCGCACGUUCGAUGGGUACAUGAAUUCUGAUUUAUAGGAACAUGAAAGGAGAAAAAUCACUUCCUUUAUAUGUUAAUCUCUAUGUAAGGCAAACAUAGUCACCUGUUAUUGACGAGGACGCUAGUUUCUUCACGGCGGUAAGUUCAAGAUACGUAUUGGAUGCCGCAUAGCCAGUCCGUUUUCU